AGAAGACGAACGUUUAUGAUUCCUAACCUACGUUUGUUCUUUUAUUUCUUUCUGUGUACAAUUCUGAAAGUCCAGUAGUGUGUGCGCUGUCUAAAUUCUUUUAACGCAAAGAUGGCGCCCGUAGCAGCAACAAAAAAGAAGGAAGAGGUUAAGGAUAAGUCGAAGAACCCCAUGAGGGAUCUUCAUAUCCGAAAACUAUGUUUGAAUAUCUGUGUAGGAGAAUCUGGUGAUAGGUUAACUCGUGCAGCCAAAGUGUUGGAACAACUUACUGGACAACAACCUGUAUUUUCAAAAGCUAGAUAUACCGUCAGGUCUUUUGGUAUCAGGAGGAAUGAAAAAAUUGCUGUGCAUUGUACAGUCAGAGGCCCUAAAGCAGAAGAAAUUUUGGAGAGGGGACUCAAAGUUAGGGAAUAUGAAUUGAGACGAGACAAUUUCUCAGCAUCCGGUAACUUUGGAUUUGGCAUCCAAGAACACAUUGAUCUUGGUAUCAAAUAUGACCCAAGCAUAGGAAUUUAUGGUCUUGAUUUCUACGUAGUAUUGGGACGUCCAGGAUUCAAUGUAGCCCACAGAAGAAGGAAACAAGGCAAAGUAGGAGCACCCCACAGACUAACCAAGGAAGAUGCCAUGAAAUGGUUCCAACAGAAAUAUGAUGGUAUCAUUUUAGGAAGUAAGAAGUGAGCAGUAAUCACAUUUAUAAUUUAAAAUAAUUGUAAUUACUGUUUAAUAAAAAUCCAAAAAAAAAU